UUUAAUUCGGCAGAGUUCGGAGUUUAACCCAUAUGAACACAUCUAAACUAUUAAAAAGGGUCAGCUUAAUAUCGUGAAUUUAUUCUUCGAGACAUUUUUAAUCACCCAGAAAUGUGAGGCCUUUAAAAACCCACGUGAGCGGUGCCCGCCCCCACCUCCUGACAAUAAAUCCCAAUGGUGAAGAGUCGCCUGCAACAAACACGACGGUGUGUUUGACCUCCUGAGUUUCACAAUGUGUUCAAUUCCUGGCCUUCCAACACCAGGAUCAAAAGUACCAGUUCUUAUUACGAGGGUAAACCUAAACUCCACUUGUGGUCUUGUGGAAUUGUGGGCCAACAUGGAUAAUGGGAAGAAGCACAUGUAUGAGCAGAUGAGAGAUGAAAUUCAGACUCCUAAAAGGAAGUUUUAUGGACCAGAAGGAAACCCAGGGGAUCACUGUCUGGUUUGCAUCAGUGAAACCUGGCACAGAGCUCGGAUUGUAUCGAUUCAAACUGAAGCUUGCAACGUUUUUCUGAUUGACCAGGGACAGCCUCAUAUCACCACAAAUGAAGCUUUAGCAUGGGGCAAGAAGGACAGUUUUCUCCUUCCUCCUGAAACUGAAUCAUGCAUACUCGCAAAUGUCCUCUCCCUUGGGAAUAACUGGCCUGAAAAAGCCACAACAUUUUUGGAGUCCCUGCCUGGCAAGACCUUUAAGGGACUGGUUCAACAUGUGCUGAUGCCAGACAGGACCAUUCUCCUUGACAUACCAACAAUUUCCAAACACAUGUGUAAGGUUGGAGUUGCAAAGAAAAUGCCAGUCGACGAGUUUAAAUGUCUCGUACAGAAAUGUCUUGAGGCCGACCACGUAACGCAGCAACAGAAUCUGAAUGUUAGCUGCCAACUUAAGAAGCCUGAGCAAUACUUUUACCCAGAACUGUUAACUGAUACUUUUGAAACUGUUAAUGUGACUGCGGUAGCUAAUCCAUAUCGUAUUUUUUGCAUUCUCCUAAUUUUUUCCAAGUCAGUGAAGAUGUUAUCAGAACAGAUCCAGCAGCACUAUGAAGAUAGCUCAGAUUCAGGAGAGACACAGCCUUUGACCUGUGGGGAUCCAUGUGCCGCUAGAGGCAUAACCGGAAAAUGGCAUCGCUCGAUACUAAAGCAAACAAUGACUAGCGAUGGUGCUGUAGAAGUCUUGCAUGUGGAUGAAGGCAAAAGUGAAUUGGUCCCAAUUGGAAACAUCCGACCUCUGCAUGUAAAAUUUCUGAAAAUGCCAGUUGUCACGUAUCCCUGUUCUCUUGAAGGUGUAAAAGAUAACCGCACAGGGUGGACUACAGACCAGACUGAUUACUUGAAAUCACUGCUCCUGAACCGGACAUUUGUGGCGAAAUUUUACCACAACAAUAUACAUCAAGAUGUCUAUAAUGUCAUCCUUUAUGCAGAUAAUGGUGCAUGCAUCAACAGUUGUUUCAUAGAGAUUGCAGGACCCAUUUCACCAUCCAAGACUGAACAAAAUUCCUAUGUCCAAAAUGUACCCCUUCUCUCAUCAUUUCUCAGUCCACUUGGAGACGAACGUGGCAUGGAAUUGCAUAACAAAGUCAUUGUAAAUGUUGAUGGUUUACUGGAGGAAACUUUGCCAUGGACCAAGAACCGAGCGGUCAAUGGCAGAACAGAUGAUGGACCCACUUCUGGAGCUGGCGAUACUCUUAGCAAAAGAAGCUCAGAACAUCCAAGCCCUCUAAUACAGAGCAAUGGGAAUCCUUUAACAAGUUUCCCCUCUGAGGUGCAAAAUGCUUCUGGUGACAAAGGGAUGGAAAAUGGUUAUCAACUAAAUGGCCAUCCAUAUUGCACAGAUCACCCACUUGGAUGUAAUAGUGUGACACAAGAGAUGACUAGUCUCGUUCAGACUGCUCACCAGAUCUCCAACUGCUCAGAACAUGCAAGUGUGCCAAAUGAGGAUGGUUUAAUACAAAAGCUCAUGAAUGGAUCAGUAGUAACACAGACAACCAAACAAAAACAAGUCCACAGCAGAAAUGUGACAUGUGCAAGAGAUGAGCUAAAGUCACAAUCCAUAAUUAAUGUCCCUGCACCAGAGAUUGAACUUAAAAAUAAUUUGGAUGAAGGAAGAAAAACAAAUUUGGAUGUCAUUCUUGACAAAGAAAUAAAAAGUGGCCAAAUUGACAUAGAAAUUACACAACCUUCCCUUCCUUCUUGCCCCAAGGGAAAUGUUAACAUCUGCAUGUGGCCAAACAUUUCUCAAAACAAGACCAGAGCGGUAUACGCAUCCUGCAUUGUUGGACCACAUUACUUCUGGUGUCAGUACACAAACAUUGAAGAUCUGAACGCAGCGUCAAGACUUGCUCAGGAAGCAGGACAGGCCCAACAGGACAUGAUGUUCCCCGAGACUCUUGGUCCUGGCAGUCCAUGUCUUGCUCUUUUUUCCAGUGAUAAACAGUGGUAUCGAGCUCAAGUAAUUAGCAGAGAGGAGGAUGCAUUCAAUGUUGUGUUUAUUGACUAUGGAAACGAGUGUAACGUUGACAUCAAGAAUGUGAGAUCACUGCCUCAGAGUCUGCUGGAGAAGGCUCCUCAGGCCUUUCUGAGCUAUUUGAAUGGAUUUCAUAAGUCCAAGGGCUCCUGGGAUGAUGAAGGUUAUGAUGAGUUCUACAAUCUUGUGGUUGAUAAAGAACUGAGAGUGACGGUGUUUAACACAGAGGAUCAUCCGGAUAUUGCAGUUCCUCAGUAUGCAGUGGAACUUGAGUGUGAGGGAGUGCUUGUGAAUACACUGAUGGAGAAAUACUGGAAACCAGUUGCCAAAGAAUGUGUUUCGAUACAACACCCUCAAACAGAAACUCUCCUCCAAGAUGGUCAAACUGAGUCCAACAGGACACACCUCAGUGUUUCCAAAGGAAAUGUGAAUACUUGCAUGUACAAGAAGCCAUGCAUCUCCAAAAACAAAAAGGAGGAGGUAUAUGCCUCUUGUAUUGGGGAACCCAAUUUCUUCUGGUGUCAGUAUGCCAACACGGAGGAGCUUAGCGAAGUGUCUAGGCUUGCUCAGGAAGCAGCACACACACAACAGGACUUAAAGUUCCCAGAGACUCUUGGUCAUGGAAGUCCAUGUCUUGCUCGGUUUUCCAGUGACAAACUGUGGUAUCGAGCUCAAGUAAUUAGCAGAGUUGACGAUGAAUUCAAAUGUGUGUUUAUUGACUAUGGAAAUGAAUGUGACGUUGACAUCAAGAAUGUAAGAUCACUGCCUCAGAGUCUGCUGGAGAAGGCUCCUCAGGCCUUUCUGUGCUCUUUGAAUGGAUUUGAUGAAUCUAAGGGCUCCUGGGAUGAUGAAGGUUACGAUGACUUCUAUAAUCUUGUGAUCGAUAAACCGCUGAGAGUGGCAGUGUUCAACACAGAGGAUCAUCCAGAGAUUGCAGUUCCUCAGUAUGCAGUAGAAAUUGAGUGUGAGGGAAUGGUUGUAAAUGUAGCAAUGCAGAAAUACUGGAAACCAGUUGCCAAAGAACGUGUUGGGAUAGAGCACCCUCAAACAGAAACUUUCCUCAAAGAUGGUCAAACUGAGUCCAACAUGACACACCUCAGUGUUUCCAAAGGAAAUGUGAAUACUUGCACGUACAAGAAGCCAUGCAUCUCCAAAAACAAAAAGGUGGAGGUAUAUGCUUCUUCUAUUGGGGAACCCAAUUUGUUCUGGUGUCAGUACACCAACACCGAGGAGCUCAGCAAAGUGUCAAGGCUUGCUCAGGAAAUGGCGCACACACAACAGGACAUGACGUUCCCCAAGACUCUUGCUCCUGGCAGUCCAUGCCUUGCUCUGUUUUCCAGUGAUAAACAGUGGUAUAGAGCUCAAGUAAUUCGCAGAGUUGACAAUGCAUUCAAUGUUGUGUUUAUCGACUAUGGAAAUGAGUGUGAUGUUGACAUCAAGAAUGUGAGAUCACUGCCUCAGAGUUUGCUGGAGAAGGCUCCUCAGGCCUUUCUGUGCUCUUUGAAUGGAUUUGAUGAGUCCAAGGGCUCCUGGGAUGAUGAAGGUUACGAUGACUUCUACAAUCUCGUGGUUGAUAAAGAACUGAGAGUGACGGUGUUUAACACAGAGGAUCAUCCAGAUAUUGCAGUUCCUCAGUAUGCAGUGGAACUUGAGUGUGAGGGAGUGCUUGUGAAUACACUGAUGGAGAAAUACUGGAAACCAGUUGCCAAAGAAUGUGUUUCGAUAGAACACCCUCAAACAGAACCUCUGCUCCAAGAUCGUCAAACUGAGUCCAACAUGACACACCUCAGUGUUUCCAAAGGAAAUGUGAAUACUUGCAUGUACAAGAAGCCAUGCAUCUCCAAAAACAAAAAGGAGGAGGUAUAUGCCUCUUGUAUUGGGGAACCCAAUUUCUUCUGGUGUCAGUACGCCAACACGGAGGAGCUUAGCGAAGUGUCAAGGCUUGCUCAGGAAGCGGCACACACACAACAGGACAUGAUGUUCCCGGGGACUCUUGGUCCUGGAAGUCCAUGCCUUGCUCUGUUUUCCAGUGACAAACGGUGGUAUCGAGCUCAAGUCAUUCGCAGAGUUGACGAUGAAUUCAAUGUCCUGUUUAUCGACUUUGGAAAUGAAUGUGACGUUGACAUCAAGAAUGUGAGACCACUUCCUCAUAGUCUGCUGGAGAAGUUUCCUCAGGCCUUUCUGUGCUCUUUGAAUGGAUUUGAUGAGUCCAAGGGCUCCUGGGAUGAUGAAGGUUACGAUGACUUCUACAAUCUCCUGGUCGAUAAAGAACUGAGAGUGACCGUGUUCAACACAGAGGAUCAUCCAGAUAUUGCAGUUCCUCAGUAUGCAGUGGAAAUUGAGCACGAGGGAGUGGUUGUGAAUACACUGAUGGAGAAAUACUGGAGAAGACGGGCCACAGACCAUGCCUUGGCAGAAGGUUUGGGAUCAGAUCUGGACCCAGAUGAAUGCCCAUGUUGUCCAACCCAGUUGUGACAGAGCAAGGCUUUUGUUAACUGAAAAUGUACAGAUUUUGUUAGAAAUGUUACUAAAUGUAGUUUACUGACUAAAUGAAAUAGUGUGAUAUGUGCAUAACUUGUGCCAAUAAACGUAAAGUACUUGCAUGAA